AGUGAGCUUGCCGAGGGAGACGCCGAGGUUAGAAGCCGGUGGGCUGCGCCGCUAGUGGGUCCUGAGUUAGGAGUCAGCUUCUGUUUGAGGCUUCGCAACCUUAGGAAGCGGCCGUUGCCAUGACGGCCCAAGGAAGCUUGGUGGCCAACCGAGGCCGGCGGUUCAAAUGGGCCAUUGAACUGAGCGGGCCUGGAGGAGGCAGCAGGGGCCGAAGUGACCGCGGCAGUAGCCAGGGAGACUCACUAUACCCAGUCGGUUACUUGGACAAGCAAGUGCCUGAUACCAGCGUGCAGGAGACAGACCGGAUCCUGGUGGAGAAGCGCUGCUGGGACAUCGCCUUGGGUCCCCUCAAGCAGAUUCCUAUGAACCUCUUCAUCAUGUACAUGGCAGGAAAUACUAUAUCCAUCUUCCCUACUAUGAUGGUGUGUAUGAUGGCCUGGCGACCCAUUCAAGCACUUAUGGCCAUUUCAGCCACUUUCAAGAUGCUAGAGAGUUCAAGCCAGAAGUUUCUUCAGGGUUUGGUCUAUCUCAUUGGGAACCUAAUGGGUUUGGCAUUGGCUGUUUACAAGUGUCAGUCUAUGGGACUACUGCCUACACAUGCAUCAGACUGGUUAGCCUUCAUUGAGCCCCCUGAGAGAAUGGAGUUCAGUGGUGGAGGAUUACUUUUGUGAACCUGAGAAGGAAGCACCAGGUGCCUAUAUAUUUGGCCUCAUUUACAUCCUUCUUUAAGCCCACUGGCUCCCUAAGUAUACUUUUUUUUUUAAAGUACUCUCACUCAUAUUGAAAAGAACCAAAAAGCUCUCUUCUCCAUGGUCAGGAGACAAAUCAUAGAAGGACAAUGUGUAUAUUACUACAAACACAAAGAAACUAUACCACAACCCCUGACUGAAAAUAAUGUAGAAAACUUUAUUUAUGUUUGCAGUACAGAGCAAAACAAAUAAAACCAGAACUCUAUGUAAACAAAAGAGUGGUUGCUGCUAAAUCAAAAGCCGUAGCAGCAUCUCCUUUUAAUAAAUUAAAUGGUUGAAAACAAUA